AUGGAUUCCAUUGUACAACGUUUGGAUGGUCGGAAACCAAGUGUUGAAGAUGCUGAAUUUGAUGAGGAAGUGAAGGUAAUAGGUAAUCCUCAAAACAACCCUUACUCAAAUACUUACAAUCCGGGUUGGAGAAAUCACCCUAACUUCUCAUGGAGAGAUCAAGACAAGUCUGGAAAUUCGAGGCAAUACUCUAAUCAAAGGGGUUAUAGUCAAGAUCAAAAACCUCCAUCCUCUCAAGAGCAAGAAAUUGGAAAGAAGAGCCUGGAAGAGAUUGUGGGAGAACUGGCACAAGCUACUAGCAAGCUUCAGGUGUCCACAUAUAGCUUCAUCAAUGAGUCCAGAAAUAACUUUAAGAAUCAGGAGGCUUCAAUCAAAAAUUUGGAGAAUCAGGUCGGUCAAAUUUCCAAACAAUUAUCUGAGAUACCUCCAGGAAGAGCUUUGUGUGAUCUAGGUGCUAGCAUUAAUUUGAUGCCUUUGACCAUGUUUGAACGGUUAGAUAUAGGAGAAGUCACCCCUACUAUGAUCUCUCUCCAGUUAGCUGAUAGGUCACUUAAGACACCCUAUGGAGUAGUGGAGGAUGUGUUAGUGCGAGUUGAUAAAUUUGUUUUCCCUGUGGACUUUGUGGUGUUAGAUAUGGAAGAAGAUACUAGGGUCCCUCUCAUUUUAGGUAGACCAUUCCUAGCUACUGGAAGGGCGUUAAUAGAUGUAGAAUUGGGAACCAUGGACCUUAGAGUAGCUGAUGAGAGAGUAACAUUUUAUGUGUGGAAGAAUAUGAAACACCCAAACAAGGAAGAAGAUGUGUUUAGAGUCGAAGUAGUGGAUGAGUUUGUGUGUAAGGAAUUUAUGAGAAUCUCUAUGAAGGAUCCUUACGAGGCUGUGAUGAUGGAAGUAAUAGAGUUAGAUGAUCUAGAUUUUGAGGAAGAAGAGGUGAGUGCUGCCAUAGGACAACUAGAUUCCCUCAACCAAUACCACCAUAGGAGGAAUUUGAUAGAGGAACUCCAUAGAGAUGAGGAAAGUUCCGAAAAGAAAGAUAAGGCUGAAUUGAAACAAUUACCCUUUACUCUCAAGUAUGUCUAUCUUGAAGAGGGUGAAUCUAAACCUGUUAUUAUUAACAAGUCUCCUUCCCUUCUUGAAGAAGAGAAGUUGUUGCUGAAGGUAUGA